AUGGCGGCAGCGCGGACGCCUUCCAAUACCACUCCCUACUCUGCAGAGCUCCAGACCUUUUUGAUAACCAAGUUUGAUCCGCUCUUGGCGAUUGUCCGAGAGCUCAACGAUCGCUUACAGAGCUCAGAAAAAGAGCGAUUCCGUCUCGAGCGGCGGACACAGCGCCUAGAACAUCAGGUUCUCGCGUUGGUAGAUUCGGUGGAGAAAGGAAAACCGCUUGAAAGGAUUGAAGAAAAUGAUGAGGACAAUCCCCAAGCAAUCCGUGAGAUGCUCCGUUCCGAAGAGGCCCUGGUGGCGCCGUGGUUGUUUUCUUGCCAGAUCGGCACGCCGACCUCGGCGUUGCAAGUGCUUCUGGAGUUCACUCCCGACACCACCGAGGAGCUGGACGUAAAAUUAUGGAAACGAGAGGAGGAUAUGUGGAUAAUGUUUCUCGAGGAACUUCCUGACGCAUUCGUCUUGCGCAAGCCUGACAGUCUACAGCUCCUGGAUCUCCGCCGCGCAGCCCGACGAGCGCUGUUAGAGCUGUGCCGUGGGGAGGCCCUUUUCAUUUUGCGAAACGUCCCGGGAAAGCUGGAGGCUGCAUCUUGCCCUACGGCAAUUACGCUUGUCGCGAUCCUGGCCGCAGCACUGUCCGAGGCGUGGUCGCGGAUCGAAGCAGCGGAGCCGGAAGCAUUAGGUCGAGUGGCGCUCGUUCUCGAAGGGUCAGACAUUGGCUCUCGACUGCGCGCUGGUCGAAAACGGUUCCGCAUUGAGCCUCUCAAUUGA